AUGGAUAGAAUAAAAGAAAAAAUUGCUACGUACAAGGCAGAAGCCGAGUCAUGGCAAGAUAAAUACGAUGAGUUGAAUAAUAAGUUAAAAGAACUUGAACAAGAUAAUACUGAAAAGGAAAACUCGAUUAAAUCAUUAAAUGCGAAGAAUCAACAAUUGGAUACUCAAGUAGAGAAAUUGGAAGGAGAAUUAGUUGAAUUGAAACAAAGUUUGAAAGAUUCCACUACUUUACAAGCCCAUAAUGAAUCAUUUAAUAGAAAAAAUGAAGAAUUAGAAACAAAUUUAGAUGAGACUGAUACCAAACUAAAAGAAACUCAAGAGAUAUUGAGGGAAACAGAUUUAAAUGCAGAGAAAUUACAAAGAAAAGUAAUGGCGUUGGAACAAGAGCAUGAUUUAACGGAACAGAAAAACGAAGAAUUAACCAUUAAAUAUAAUGCAGCUAAGAAAGAAUUAGAUGAAAUUGCAGCAUCGUUGGAAAAUUUAUAA